UCGGUUUCAAAGCAGCUGUGGUAGAGGUGGAAGAUUUCUUGUUCCGCGAGUUCACGGCCAGACUUCCACUAACUUGUUGAGCUACCACAGCCAACUGUGAUGUGUUUAAAAAUUGAAAUGCGUAAACUAAAUACAUGAAGAAACCUGUAACAUCCGUGGGGCCAUCUAUUGGAGCAAGCUCCAGCCAUGACUAAAACGAGCCAAUUCCGAAUCCAAAUUUAAUUGAUAAGAAAAGGUCAGAAAGACGUGUUAUCGCCCAGAUUCGUAUCAUAUUGCAGUACAUUAGCAAAGAAUUUGCAAAAAUAAAUCCGAUUAUGUUUCCUGGCCCUUUACGAAGAUGUAAACGAGUUUUUCCUGUGAUUCUUUUUUUUGUGUCUCUUGUGAUAGUAAUUGUUUAUAGAUUAAGUCUGAAAAAAAGCGAAAUACAUCCAAAACACAUCUACAGGGCUAACAAUCAGGAAGAAUAUGUUGACAAAAAUGGCGUUAAGGUAGUUGUAGGUCAUUAUGUAGGAAACCCGGUUCAUGCAAUCCCCAACGCGACCUAUGACAUGAUUAAUGAAAAUAAUUACGACCCUAGACCUGGGGCCGGAAAAAACGGCAAUCCUGUUGUCAUUGAACCGAAAGAUUUAUUAAAAAUGCAACAAUACUUUCAAAUAAACCGGUUCAACCUUUUGGCUAGUGACAGAAUUCCUCUGAAUCGGUCUUUGCCGGAUUUUCGACGUAAAAAAUGUGCAUCUUUAUUUAGCGACUAUCCAACCUAUCCAAAAACCAGUAUUAUUAUAGUUUUCCAUAAUGAGGCUUGGUCGACUUUACUGCGAACUGUUUGGAGUGUUAUCAACCGGAGUCCACCCGAACUUUUGGAGGAAAUCAUCCUUGUCGACGAUUCAAGUGAACGAAAAUUUCUCAAAGAACCUCUCGAUGACUACGUUUCAAAACUGCCAGUUCCGACAAAAGUCCUCCGUAGCCAAACCCGGAUCGGUUUGAUCAAAGCAAGACUGAAAGGGGCCCUCGUGGCUAAAGGCCCCGUUUUAACCUUUCUGGACGCCCACUGCGAGUGCACCACCGGUUGGUUAGAAGCCCUCUUAUCUGUGAUAAAACAAGACAGGACUGCAGUCGUCUGCCCCGUCAUUGAUAUAAUAAACGACGACACUUUCGCCUAUGUUAAAAGUUUCGAGUUGCAUUGGGGGGCCUUCAACUGGAAUUUGCAGUUCCGGUGGUUUACUCUCGGAGGGCGCGAGCUCAAAUUGAGAAAAAACGAUGCGACUCAACCGUUUAAUACCCCAACGAUGGCCGGGGGCUUGUUUGCCAUCGACCGGGAGUAUUUUUUCGAAAUGGGGGCUUACGAUGACGGGAUGAAUAUUUGGGGCGGGGAGAAUUUAGAGAUGUCGUUUAGGAUAUGGCAAUGUGGGGGUAAAGUCCAAAUCGCACCGUGUUCAAGAGUUGGGCAUUUGUUCCGGAAGUCGUCGCCGUAUUCGUUUCCUGGGGGAAUUAAUAAGACGCUUUUCGCGAAUUUGGCAAGAGUUGCGCGAGUUUGGAUGGAUGAUUGGGCGAAAUUUUAUUUCAAAUUUAAUGAACCUGCAGAUAGGAUUAAAAACGAACAAAAUGUUACUUCGAGAAUCGAAUUGAGGAGGAAACAUCAAUGUAAAGGCUUUGAGUGGUAUUUGGAUAAUGUUUGGCCUCAACACUUCUUCCCAAAGGAUAAUCGAUUUUUCGGAAGGAUUCGGAAUCUGGGGCAGAAUAUGUGUUUGAUCAAACCACAGAAGAAAGUAGUCUCGAAUCAACCAAUGGGGAUUGCCAAAAUCGAUAUGUGUCUUGGUGAUGAGGUCAUUUUGGAAAUGUUUGUUAUGACUAAAGAAGGUGCUAUUAUGACUGAUGACUCGAUUUGUUUGGACGCACCCGAAAAAGUUGUGAUAGGACCUUCCAAGGUCCGAAUUAUGGCUUGUAGUGGGUACAACAGGCAAAGAUGGGUAUACGACAAGGAAAAGCAGGAAAUUCGUCACUUGACCAACCAAAAAUGUUUGGACGUGUCUGACUCGUUGAAAUUCACUGAAGGUUUAAUAACGACCAAUUGCACUGGUAGUAUGACCCAAAAAUGGGUUUUGGAGAGUGUCCCCUGGCAAUAACUUUGUACUUAACAUUGUGAAAAUGACUUGUCCCUUGGGAAUAAUUUUGUACUUAACAAUUUGAAAGAGUGUUCCUUGUCAACGAUUUUAUAUUUAAUAAAUCAUUUUAUGUAA